CGGGCUGGCGACGAGUCCUACUCCGGUCGCGCAACGUCCGCACACACAAGUACACGACCGCUUGAAACGAGCGCACGACACGGCGGCACAGUCGUCUAGUCCGUGUGGCGUCAUCACGUAGCCCGCCGUCGUCACUCGUCAGCGACACCACAGCAACCGAUCCGCCGCGCGCUUUCGGCUGCCACGUUUCGACUGGGUAACGCGCGCGCACACGCGGUCGGUCGGUCGGCCGUCCACUGUUGUACCCGCCUGGACGUCGUGUGAUACGCGUCCGUUUCUCGACGUCACUCCGCGGCGGACGGGUCUCGCGUCCCGGCGACCUACACACACCACGGAGGAGCCAGUGCCGGCGCAAACAUGACCGGUUCAAAAAUGUCAGCUUUAAUUUUAGUUGUGUUGGCUAUCAACACAGUGUCAAUUCAAGGAUGGGAUACUGAUCAAAUGGAGGUUUUUGAUCUGGUUGAAGAAAUGAAUAAUAUAAAUUUUUAUAAAUUUUUAGAAGUACCUGAAGAUGCCAAUUCAUCAGCAAUACGGCAUGCAUUUAGAAGGAUGUCAUUGAUAUUACAUCCUGAUAAAAAUGACUCUCCAGAUGCAGAAGCCAGAUUCAGAGAAUUAGCUUCAAUUCAUGAUGUUUUGCGGGAUCCUGUUAAACGUGGUCAUUAUGACAAAGUUUUAAGUGAAGGGUUACCAGAUUGGCAUCAUGCUGUUUAUUACUACAGAAGAGUUAGAAGGAUGGGUUUUCUAGAAAUGAUUGUUAUUCUCUUUUCUAUUAUAAGUGUUGGACAAUAUCUUGUGGCUUGGGGAUCAUAUAUAGAAAAUAAAUUCACUGUGGAAGAGUUAUUGAGUUCAAAAAUUAAAAAAAUUCGAAAACAAAAGAAAUAUCGAGGUGAUUCAACAUUACCACCGGAAUUUGAUGUUAACAUACCAAAACCUAGUUUAAAAAAUACACUUCCAUGUCAAUUACCUUAUUGGUUAUGGUUAUUCAUCUUAAAAUUACCUUCACUUACAACUUCAGCCAUAUCAUUUUUGGUCACAAAAUUCAAAGAAAGAAAAAAUAACCAAAAAAAAGUGGAUUUUGAAAAACCAGAACCAGUUGUUCGUGAAAGAAUAAGACGUCGCAAAAUACCGUAUAAAAUACCAGAAAUUAAUGAUUAUCAAAAUACUAAUGGAGAUACACGUGGAAAAGCUAAUACUGAUAAAAAUGAAACGCCAACAGUUGCUGGCGGAUUGUGGACGGAUGAAGAUUUAUAUGAAUUGUCACAGAUGGUAAAUAAAUUUCCUCCUGGUACAUCAGAUAGGUGGCAAAAGGUUGGCAAAGCAAUGCAACGUCCUGUUCCUGAAGUUGCAUUUAUGGCCAAUAAAAUGAAACAAAAUGGGUAUAAGGUGCCAACUCCUGGAGAGACAAUAGAGCCAGUUAUCACCGAAGAACCGAAGAAAGUUAAAACAAGAGCAACAGAAAAUGUUGAGUCAAGUGACAAUUCAUGGACUCAAAUUCAACAGAAAACAUUGGAAAAUGCUCUUAUUAAGUUUCCUAAGGGAUCUACAGAAAAUCGCUGGGAAAAGAUUUCUAAAUGUGUACCAAAUAAAACUAAAGAAGAAUGUAUGGCAAGAUAUAAAGAACUAAAUGAACAACUGAAAAAGAAAAAAGAUUCAAUUGAUGAAGGUUUAGAUAAUGUUAAAAACGAUACUAAUGAAUCGUGAAUUAUGAAUUAUGAAUUUCUAUAUACCUUGCUUUUAUGUCCCCUGUUUCUUCUUAAGUCUGAUUUGGUUGUGAUUAUUUAAGCUCAUUUUAUAAUUGACAUGACAUCAGUGUGUGUUAAUAGCCAAUUGAAAUGUAAAUCCAUGUAAUAAAUUAAUAUUAACCCUAAACGAUUCAAAUGACUAUUGUCAUUCUUACAAAAACUAUUGAUCCCAAUUAAGAUAUAAUUUAUAAUAAUUGCCCUAUUAUGUUUUAAUUAUUUUAUUCAUUAAAUAAAUUGUAUGUUAUUAUACCUUUUUAAAAUUAAUAUACCAUGUAUAUAUAUGAUGUGCUAAAUCUGUUUAUUCUGUAGUUUUCAAUAUUGACUUGGGUAUUUUAU